AUGGAACAGGAAUUCGCCGAACUCAAAAAGCAGGUCCAGGUCCUGCAGAAGGAACUCGCGAGGGUAUCAGAUGAAGCCGAGGUCCGCAAGACCCACCACAAAUACGGCUACUACCUAGACAAGUGUUUGUACAAUGAAGUCGUCGAUAUGUUUUCCGACCAUCCGGACGCAUACGUCGAAUUCCUCGGGUCGCGGUACCGCGGCAAGGCGGGGAUCAAGCGCCUCUACCAGGGCCGCUUCCAAAACACCUUUGUGAAGGGGCGGAACGGGCCCGUAUACGGCUGGCUGCUGGACCACAUUAUGAUGCAGGACAUUGUUGACGUUGACGAGACGGGAACCCACGCUUGGUGCCGCAUGCGCGCCCUCAUGCAGGCCGGCACCCACCAGAGCAUCGAAGAGUACUACCCGCGCGGCCAUCGGCAGUGGUGGGAGGGCGGCCUGUACGAGAACGAGUACAUUAAGGAGAACGGGGCGUGGAAGCUCUUCCGGUACCGCUACUUCCCCUUUUGGCACGCCGACUUCGAGAAGGGUUGGAGUCACACCAAGAAGAAUUACAUCCCGUGGCCGACUGUCACCUACCCGGAGGACCCGCUGGGCCCGGAUGAGAUCUUCGAGCAGAAGAUGCUCUGGCCGGACACUCGUGUUGUGCCCUUCCAUUACCCCCACCCGGUGACGGGCAGGCCCACCGCGCCGGAUGAUCUGCGGGCGCCUGUCUAUGGCAGUGAUGUCAACACGAGCGAUCCGCCGCUGACGUUGGCAUUGCCCGAGGGACAGAGCAGGCCCGGUGCGGCCACGCGGGAGUCGAAGCCCGGUGAGAAGGUCCUUCCUGAACUCGUUGAGAAUAAGGCCGAGUAA